AUGCGUAUUCGCCUACAGCCUCGCAGGAGACCACAAGGUAAGCGACCCCCAGGUAGGCUGAAUGUUACAUUAUUUUCCUUGCCCGCUCACCAUCUCCAUUUCAUCAAUGAGCUAGCCCAACGGCUUGACAACCUUCCCAUCGCUGCCGCCGCCGACACCGCCGCCGCUGCCGAGGACGCCUUCGUAGAGAACCGAUGGCGUCAACUGCGGGACACAGUCCAGUCGACGGUGCUGACCGUCCUCGGUCGUGCACGCCGCCGAAAGCAGGACUGGCUCAACGACAACGACGCCGUCAUUAGCAAUCUGCUCGCCGAGAAGAACCGCCUACACAAAGCCUACGUAGAUCACCCCACUGAGGACAACAAAGCUGCCUUCUACCGUUGUCGUCGCCUCCUACAACAGCGACUGCGCGAGAUGCAGGACGGCUGA